GUUAGAAUCAAUUAUAAUAGCGAGUUGGUUUACCUGUCUGUCUCUAUAUCGUGGGUGUUCUUUUAGAAAAAUCUGACAAUAAUAACGCCUUUGUUUUAAACCCUCAGCAGUCUAAACACUCCGUAGUACAGCCGGGACUUUGUCGGGAGCAGAAUGAGCGAAAUUGGUGAAGAAAAGUCCCAGGAGCGGAUUUAUGGGGGCUGCGAGGGCCCUGAUGCCAUGUACGUAAAGUUGAUUUCAUCAGAUGGUCAUGAGUUUAUUGUGAAACGCGAGCACGCCUUGACCUCGGGCACCAUCAAGGCUAUGCUAAGUGGCCCCGGCCAGUUUGCAGAAAACGAAGCCAAUGAAGUGAACUUUAGGGAGAUUCCAUCUCAUGUACUUCAGAAGGUGUGUAUGUACUUCACUUACAAAGUCCGCUACACUAACAGCUCAACUGAGAUCCCUGAGUUCCCAAUUGCCCCAGAAAUCGCGUUGGAGUUGCUGAUGGCAGCGAACUUCCUCGACUGCUAAGCUCGAGUCAAGCCAGUCUAAGAUGUGCAUGAAGGUUUCUCUUUAGUUAACUUAUUUUUAAGUUGUUAAUUAAUACUACAAUCUCUUUUUGUGAUCUUAGGUGAAUUAAUAAAUAAGACUAAAGUAUA